UUUUUCUCCACUCGGAAAAGUGUUGGGUAUAGCGUUAAUCGGGUAACCUGUGGUGCACAAAAGCGCGGGAAAGUGUUUGCCGAUCGCGCGCGGUCAACAAUGUUUUUUAUAUUUAUUUUUCUAUUACAUUAGGACUCGAAAGAAGUGUUUUUCCUAUUGAGAAUUCGCUGUCUUCAAAAAGAGAUUAUUAACAACGAUUCAAAGAAGAAGAACGAGCGAUAUCAUGAAAAGGAAUCUCUUAUUUCAUCUCAUUGUGUUACUGAGCGCAUCGUUUUCCUACUCGUCUUUUUUGUUUCGCUGGAAGAGAAGUAUUCAGGGCUAUUCGUCUUGGACAGAGGAGAAAACUGAAGAAAAAAUCGGUGCUUUCGAUGGUCUUAAUGUGACAAUCAGUCCCAUGGGAGGCACAGAGAUGUCGAUUAAACCUUUUGAUAUCAUCCCAAACGCCAGACCUACGGAAAACUAUCUAAGAAAACGUGGAAAUAAGGUUUUUGUUGAAGUUGGCACGACAGACAAAGACAAUGCAAAAAUCCUCUAUCCUUUUACCAUCCAAAGAUAUACAGGUCUCUCGACUGUUGCAGUACAUCCUACGUUCAAAUGCGAGCCUUUCCCUCAACCACCGGCCCUGGGGUUUUCCUUCUCUGGUGCAUUCAACUUACGACCAGAAUCAGAUUUCAUUGCCUCAAGUGUAAGGAGUGCCGAGUUUGGGGCUGAUGAAGCAAGGAUAUCAAAAGCUGAGCAGGCCUGGUGUCCUUCAGAAAAGGAAGAUCAGUGGAUUAAGUUCAUCCUGGGUGGGGAAUACAAGAUUUGUACAGUGGCAGUAAAAGGAAGAAAUGCUGAUGAAUACGUGAAACAGGUGAAUGUGGUCUUCAACCCAGAGAGCUCCAUCGAAAAGGCAAUGACAGUAACCCUCACAUCUUUUGAAGUGGAGUUCUUUGCUGUAAACCUCCCAGAUGACUAUCGAGUUGAGGCAAUCAUGAUGAAGCCAAUUACAUACUUCUCUUGGCCAUGUCUGGGGGUAGAGUUCUAUGGUUAUGGCAAACUGUACCAACCGAAGGGCACCACAGAACAUGUUUAUGCUCAUGAACGUUUAUUUGCCCCAGGGCUUCCCUGUGUUAACAGCGUGGGCGCAUGCCAACCUGGUGCAGUAUGUCAAGUGCCAUUUGGAUAUUCAUACAAGUGCACCUGCCCCAUAGGAUACACGCGGUACAGAAACGGCAGCAUUGAUAGGUCUGAUGAAACUAACGUCUUCAGCCCAUAUGACCCGGCAUUUACAUGUGUAGACAACGACGAAUGUACUGAAGACACCCAUCGAUGCGCAAUUGAAGGCGCCAUAUGUACCAACACUGAAGGCUCGUAUAAUUGCACCUGUCAGCGUGGAUACACUGGAGAUGGCUUUACGUGUACAGCUACUCCAAGAGCUAUAUUAUCUCCGAUGAGUUGCAUCGAAGAAGAAUUCCCUUGUGCUUCUGGAGAUUGCGUUCCUUUAACUUCUGUUUGUGAUGGAAGUGCUGACUGCAACGAUUCUUCAGACGAGGCGCCCGAACUUUGCGUUCGGUACCCGGAUCCACUUCGCUACAUUGUACUGAGUUAUGGUGAUCGAUGGAUGCCUGACUUGGAGCAUGCCCCUCUUUGUCGCUACUCGCACGGUUUCACCUUCACGAGGAAUGAGGUCAUCAACGUAGGGUGUAUGCCACACCCAAACUCUCUGCUCGCAUAUGAUCUGGAGCCUCUACCGGAUACCAUUGAUACUAACACAGAGGUCAUACUCCGUGUUGGUUCGGAUAGUCAGGGACGGCCUACAUAUGCAAUGGGGAAAGUCAAAUCGUGCGCUGGGGAUCAAUGCAUUGUUAAUAUAGUUGGCGUUUCAGGACAGCGCGAGGCGCCUGUUGGAAUCAAUCAUAAAACGUUUCUCAGCAACCGAGGUAGGCCCGUUGGCCUCGAUAGCAUAACAGUAUCAUCAGUAUAUAACAGCUCUUAUGGGAAAGACAAAGUGAUACUGGCAGAGCAUUCUUGGUGUCCAAGUAACAAGUGGUCUUCGUGGAUAAAGGUAGAUCUUGGACAGAAGUGGUACAUUACAAAGCUAGAAAUGAAGGGCUUACCAACAAGCUACGUGACGCAUUUCCACAUGGCAGUCGGAUCAGGGGAUUCCAUGGACAGCCUUACGUUCAUAGUAAAUGAUGAUGGCUCAAGAAAAAUAUUCCACCGCCAACACACUGGUAGGCCAGUAAUGGUGAAUGGUUUAGACAGCUGCGCGGAGCUACAGGCGCCCACCCGUUUUAUAGCUAUUUACCCAAUACUCUUCUCAUCCUUCCCUUGCCUAGCACUGGAGAUAUAUGGCUGGGGUUUUGUGACGCUGUUCGAAGAGCCUUACUCGCCCCGUGUAUGGAAAAGCCAGCUGCGACACAGACCUGGCGUAAGCAGGUGUCGGUACAAACACCAAUGCCCGGCGCAUGCGCAUUGCGUAGAGUCUGGUAUCGACGAGCAUGCAGGAACAUCGUACAAGUGCGCGUGCGAUGAUGAGUACGUGGAUUCUUUUGGAAAAGAAGUCUUUGAUCCUGGCGGGCAUGUCCGAUGCAUUUAUAAUCCGUGUCGUAUCAGCGAUAUCUGCAAGAACGGAGGAACAUGUACCCUGCUUCAGGAAAAGCAUCAUUUUGUCUGCACGUGUCUUCCAGAGUGGACAGGCCGCUAUUGCAAAAUGCCGGCUAUCUCUACUCCUAGUUUUAUUUUGGGCGAGAUAAGAGAGGGUGUAUACGACUGGAGGUCGUAUAAAAUGAUAUCACAAAACGGUACUCAUUUGAAUCUAUCAAGAGAUGGACAGUCCCCAUAUCUUCUGAAGUCUUAUGAAGAUGUUAUCUUGGAUUUACCACUGAAAACUUCUGCUAUAAAACCAAAUAUGAUGGCUCUCACGGUCAUAGGAGUUGACAAAUAUGACAGAAAGUUUUAUGCAAUUGUAACUAUUCUUAAUGUGUCCAAUGACGGAUUCGCCAUGAUCAGGCUUACAGAACCUACGAAGUACCAAAAUUAUUCGCUUGGCGUUGGAGUGAAGAACCACUCGCCUCAACUCUAUAACUUUCCACGUGUACCCAAUGAACAGAUAACAGCAUCUUCAUAUUAUAAAGACGCUUAUCCACACAAUGCGCGGUUUGGGUACUGGAAGAACUGGGCGGCCGAUACUUGGGAUAUCCAAUAUCCAUGGCUUAAGGUUGACAUUGGGUAUCCUUCUUAUGUGGUGAGAGUCUGGGCCCAUGGAAAUCAAAAGGAUUUGGCCUAUAUUAAGGAAUUUGAGCUAGAAAUGGGUCUAAAAGAUGAUCAACUUGAGCCAGUCUUGACACCUGAAGGCAACAAGAUGGUAUUUCACUUAAACACUUAUCAGCGGGAACAGGCCUUUGACCUCAAUGGACUGUCGAAUGUAAUAGAUCGACCACACCGAUACGUCAAAUUAACGGCCAUCAAGUCCAUUGUACGGCCGAGUAUCGGUAUUGACAUCAUGGGCUAUGGCCGCGCUGAUGCAAGAGGAAUUCCAGUGGCUGAUAUUCGUGUGCUCAACCUUAAAGGACUUAAUAGAUCCGUUGCUGACUUAAUGUGCCCCGUGAACUCCGUGGCAGUAGAUAAACCGUAUGGAAUCCCUGGUGCUGUUUACUGCCACUGUCAACACCCUUAUGAGUCUACAAACGGCGGCAUAGACUUCUUUCCACAAGCAACCGUGACUUGCGCAUUAAAGAAUCCUUGUAAGAAGAACCCCUGUGCUAACGACGGUGUUUGUGUUGCGUCUGGCUACAAUAACUUCACGUGCACGUGCAGUGGCUCAUGGAGAGGACUCAAAUGUGAUCAACCACUGUUUACCGUUCGGAUGCACUUUAUCAUACCUUUCAAACAUGAAUACAUGGGGAACGAAGUCAUUGACUACAGAGAAGCAUCGUUCGUUCGUCAGGAUGGUCAUACUAUAUGGGUGGGGGACGUCAAGCCUUACUUCUCCCAAGCGCGCUUGAAUGAGACCUAUGCUACUGAAGUUUCAGAUGUCGUCUACCCGUUCGCUCCAGACCCAAACCUACUUUCUGCUGGAAAUACCGUCCUCGUUGACCUAGGCGUGGAUGAAUCAGGGUACAGUCAGUUCAUAAAAAUGACCAUCACCAGCAUCACCCAGGAUGGACGCUACAAGACCGAACCAGUGUGUCCAAGCUAUUUACACGACGUGCCCAUUGGGGUGGUGAUUGGAACAAACAACUACCAUCGCUGGCCGGGUUUUGUCACAGAUGCACAAAUCACUGCCAAGUCUUACAAAUCUUACUUCUUUCCGAGACAUGCGCGAGUCAACAACACGUAUGAAAACAUCAGAUGGUGCCCUAGUGACGCUGACAAAGGCGCACCUGACGAUCAAGGAAGACAUGGCUGGGUACAGUUUGAUUUUAAGAAAAGCUUUUACUUGUGUCACGUGGUAACGGAUGGUCUUCACAAUGCCUGGGUAAACGAAAUGACCAUCCAGUUCUCAAACGACGCAACAAACUGGCAUGACGUAUUCAACAAAGACGGAUCAGUGAAGCGCUUCUUUCGCUCUAGUAGAGGCAAUGCUUCUGUUUCCGAUUUGGGUGUAACGAGACCCUACCGCUUCAUUAGAAUAUGGCCUAUGAGCUACCAGGGUGCCCCAUGUAUAGGAGCCGAGUUCUACACCAUUGGUUACACCGAUAACGUUGCUAACGAGUUUCCUGCAAGAAGUAUACGAUAUACAGGGCCUGGCCUUUCUAUAUGUGACAUGAAAGGUGCCUGUCCACCUGGCAAGGUAUGCAAUGCUUCUGUUGUUACCCCAGGAAGCGCCCAAUGUAUAGGGUGUUUAGAAGCCCCUUGUCAAAAUAAUGGGACAUGUGUAGAUACUGUUACUGGUUACACGUGCACCUGCACAGAGGCCUGGCAAGGAAAGAACUGCGAAAAAGAUUUAGACGAGUGCUCGGGGAUAACAACACCAUGUGCGCACGGCGGUACGUGCAUCAAUGAAUACGGUGGCUUUAGGUGUCUUUGUACGCCUCAGUGGCAGGGACCGACGUGUCAAGAAGACGUGGAUGAAUGCCUGGACAGCCCUUGUCAAAAUCUCGGCAAUUGCACCAACAAGGAGGGAGAUUACAUGUGCACUUGCCCAUACCCCAUGCAUGGGAAGAAUUGCGAGAGGCUAAACUGCGCAGAAAUUGAUGACUGUGUGGUGGAAUGGUCUUCUUGGAGUCCGUGGACAGCUACAUUUUCAGCCGGAGAGUGUGGCACGGCGACCAGGACCAGGAGGUCUCUUUUCGAGGAUGAAUGGGCGAUUGAUCACGUCCCUGAAUGUGACAAGACGCUCUAUAACCUAUGUGUGCCUUCUCUAGAUUAUAAACCGAUGUGUCUGUGCCCAUACGUGUCUUCAUGUGAAGUGUCCACGUGGUCAGAGUGGAAUGGCCUUAUUCCUGACGUUGGCUGUACAAGCCAGCACCGUGAAGGCAAUACCAAUCAUUCCAUACUCUACAAACUAGAAGAGAAGUGUGGAAAAAUGGAAAAGUGCCCUUCGACUUCCAUGGACUACAGAAUUAUAUGUAACUGCAUCGAGGCUGUUUGCGAAUGGGGAAACUGGUGUCCUAGCGGUUAUGAUAAAGAAAACUUCUGUGAUGUUGAAAUACGAUUUAAAAACGUGACGACGAAAUACAAGAUAUCUCUCCAGGAAAACAAUUGUGAGCUUGAAACGAGAUACUGCAACGAUGGAAAAGCUCCAACCCAAAGAAAAAGAAUUUACAAAGACAAAUUACUGGGCGAGAGCGUGAACAUCAACUGUGAACACCUUGGCGCCAAAGACUUGCAAAACCUCUUUCUAGAACACGAACACCAAGGAGACAAGGAUGUGUAUGAUAUUGUACCUGACGGUAAACGGAUCGUCCAGGAAGGCCACAAGUAUACCAUCUAUCAGCUGGGGUACCAUGAUAUUGGCCGAUACUUUUGCAAACUGUACACGAACUUUGAUCAUGGCGGGUGGACAAAUACUCGCGUAGAGGUCGCUAACAUCACACAGCUCCUCAAGAGAUCACGAUCCCGUGCUGUUCCAAGUGCCCUAGAUUUAGUACGAGCUAGCAAGCCUUUCGUCAUAGUUAGAAACAAAUCCCCCAUCCGCGUCAGUAUAGGCAGAGAAACCAAGACGCGAAUAACUGUCGCUUUCAAGGGCCAGGAGCCGAUGACGAAGCAAUGGAUGAAGGAUGGGUCAUGGCUCUCUUUUGGCCCCAAGGUUAACGCUUCCAAGGACCGUACACAAUUGGUUCUUCAGCCUCCUUACAGCUAUGCGGACGGUGGCAGCUAUGAAGUGAAAGCUUGCAACAAGAAUGGAUGUACAGUCCGAGGCGUUCAUAUUUAUAUCUACGAGUCAAAGACAACAGCGGCAGCCAUAAAAGCGACAUCGGAUUCUUCGAUUGUCAUUUUGAGAAAGAGUGGCUACGCUAUGUUCCUGGCAUUAUUGGUCAUUACUCUCGGCACAGUUUUAUACGCGUGUAAACUACACAGGGAAGAGAAAAAACUUGCCAGAGUUUCCAUAGAAAAGCAACAGUAUGUGUGGUUCUACUAUGAUCAAGACUUGCCUACCGGACUCAAGAAAAAGAAGAGGGAAAUGGAUGGCUGGGAAAUACCAGAAGACGAAAAGGCGCACGAUACAAGCGAUGUCGAUUUGCCGAAACAUCUUCAUCCAUCAACACUUCCUAGAUCCCAGCAUUCACCUGGCACAUCCAGCCAUACGAUUGAUAUGGAAUACAUAAAGGGACAAGAAACAAUGGCAAGAUCCACAAAAUUACAGACGGCUGACAUUUCAACAAGUUUACAUUCAGAAAAUGUCAGACAAACACUGCCACAUGUACCACCACCCAGGACCGACUGGGCACCGGCUGCUAUACCACCACCCAUGGCUAGGCAGACAUUAAAAGCUAUACCACCACCCAUGGCUAGGCAGACAUUAAAAGAUAUACCACCACCCAUGGCUUGGCAGACAUUAAAAGAUAUACCACCACCCAUGGCUAGGCAGACAUUAAAAGAUAUACCACCACCCAUGGCUAGGCAGACAUUAAAAGAUAUACCACCACCCAUGGCUAGGCAGACAUUAAAAGAUAUACCAUCACCUAUGGCCAGACAGACAUUAAAAGAUAUACCAUCACCUAUGGCCAGACAGACAUUAAAAGAUAUACCAUCACCUAUGGCUAGGCAGACAUUAAAAGAUAAACCAUCACCUAUGGCCAGACAGACAUUAAAAGAUAUACCGUCAUCCAUUGCUGUGCAGCCAUCGACAGCAAUACCUUCACCCAUGGCCAUGCAGACAUCAACAGCUAUUUCGUCACCUAUAGCUAUGCAGACAUCAGCAGCUAUACCAUCACCUAUAGCGAUGCAUAAAUCAACAGCAAUAUCGUCACCUAUGGUCAUGCAGACAACAACAGCUAUACCGUCACCCACGGCCAGGAAGACAUCUGCAGCUGUACCGUCAUCCAUGGCCAGGCAGACAUCAGCAGCUACACCAUCGCCCAUUGCUAGGCAGGCAUCAACAGCUAUACCAUCGCCUAUUGCAAAGCAGGCAUCAACAGCUAUACCAUCUCCUACCUCAAUGUGGACAUCUAGAGCUUCAGAAUCUUUGAAAGACAAGUGGAUGUCAGCUGCUAUGACCAGGCAGACAUCAACAGCUAUACCAUCACCUAUGGCCAUACCGACGCCGACAGCUAUACCUUCAACUAUGACCAGACAGACAUCUGCUGUUAUUCCGUCACCAAUGACUAUCCAGACAUCAGGAGCUUUACCAUCACCAAAGGCCAUGCAGACGUCAACAGCUAUACCAUCACCCAUGGCUAUGGAGACAUCAACAGCUAUACCGUUACCUAUGACCAGGCAGACAUCAACAGCUAUACCAUCACCCAUGGCUAUACUGGCAUCAACAGCUAUACCUUCACCUAUGGGCAGACAGACAUCUGCUGCUAUUCCGUCCCCAAUGACUAUCCAGACAUCAGGAGCUAUACCAUCACCAAAGGCCAUGCAGACGUCAACAGCUAUACCGUCACCCAUGACCAGGCAGACAUCGACAGAUAUACCUUCACCUAUGAACAGACAGACAUCUGCUGUUAUUCCGUCACCAAUGACUAUCCAGACAUCAAGAGCUAUACCAUCGCCAAUGGCCAUGCAGACGUCAACAGCUAUACCAUCACCCAUGGCUAUGGAGACAUCAACAACUAUAACGUUACCUAUGACCAGGCAGACAUCAACAGCUAUACCAUCACCUAUGGCCAUACCGACGUCGACAGCUAUACCUUCACCUAUGACCAGACAGACAUCUGCUGUUAUUCCGUCACCAAUGACUAUCCAGACAUCAGGAGCUAUAACAUCACCAAUGGCCAUGCAGACGUUAACAGCUAUACCAUCACCCAUGGCUAUGGAGACAUCAACAGCUAUACCGUUACCUAUGACCAGGCAGACAUCGACAGAUAUACCAUCACCUAUGGCCAUACCGACGUCGACAGCUAUACCUUCACCUAUAUCCAGACAGACAUCUGCUGCUAUUCCGUCACCAAUGACUAUCCAGAAAUCAGGAGCUAUACCAUCGCUAAUGGCCAUGCAGACGUCAACAGCUUUACCAUCACCCUUUGCUAUGGAGAUAUCAACAGCUAUACUGUCACCCAUGGCCAGGCAGACAUCAACAGCUAUACCAUCACCUAUGGCCAUACCGACGUCGACAGCUAUACCUUCACCUAAGUCCAGACAGACAUCUGCUAUUCCGUCACCAAUGACUAUCCAGACAUCAGGAGCUAUACCAUCGCCAGUGGCCAUGCAGACGUCAACAGCUAUACCGUCACCCAUGACCAGGCAGACAUCGACAGAUAUACCUUCAUCUAUGAACAGACAGACAUCUGCUGUUAUUCCGUCACCAAUGACUAUCCAGACAUCAAGAGCUAUACCAUCGCCAAUGGCCAUGCAGACGUCAACAGCUAUACCAUCACCCAUGGCUAUGGAGACAUCAACAACUAUAACGUUACCUAUGACCAGGCAGACAUCGACAGAUAUACCAUCACUUAUGGCCAUACCGACGUCGACAGCUAUACCUUCACCUAUAUCCAGACAGACAUCUGCUGCUAUUCCGUCACCAAUGACUAUCCAGACAUCAGGAGCUAUACCAUCGCUAAUGGCCAUGCAGACGUCAACAGCUUUACCAUCACCCUUUGCUAUGGAGAUAUCAACAGCUAUACUGUCACCCAUGGCCAGGCAGACAUCAACAGCUAUACCAUCACCUAUGGCCAUACCGACGUCGACAGCUAUACCUUCACCUAAGUCCAGACAGACAUCUGCUAUUCCGUCACCAAUGACUAUCCAGACAUCAGGAGCUAUACCAUCGCCAAUGGCCAUGCAGACGUCAACAGCUAUACCAUCACCCAUGGCUAUGGAGACAUCAACAGCUAUACCGUUACCUAUGACCAGGCAGACAUCAACAGCUAUACCAUCACCUAUGGCCAUACUGGCGUCGACAGCUAUACCUUCACGUAUGGGCAGACAGACAUCUGCUGCUAUUCCGUCCCCAAUGACUAUCCAGACAUCAGGAGCUAUACCAUCACCAAAGGCCAUGCAGACGUCAACAGCUAUACCGUCACCCAUGACCAGGCAGACAUCGACAGAUAUACCAUCACCUAUGGCCAGGCAGACAUCAACAGCUAUACCGUCACCCAUGGCCAGGCAGACAUCAACAGCUAUACCAUCACCUAUGGGCAGACAGACAUCUGCUGCUAUUCCGUCCCCAAUGACUAUCCAGACAUCAGGAGCUAUACCAUCACCAAAGGCCAUGCAGACGUCAACAGCUAUACCGUCACCCAUGACCAGGCAGACAUCGAAAGAUAUACCAUCACCUAUGGCCAGGCAGACAUCAACAGCUAUACUGUCACCCAUGGCCAGGCAGACAUCAACAGCUAUACCAUCACCUAUGGCCAUACCGACGUCGACAGCUAUACCUUCACCUAUGUCCAGACAGACAUCUGCUAUUCCGUCACCAAUGACUAUCCAGACUUCAGCAGCUAUACCAACACCAAUGGCCAUGCAGACGUUAACAGCUAAACCGUCACCAAUGGCUAUGGAGACAUCAACAGCUAUACCGUUACCUAUGACCAGGCAGACAUCGAAAGCUCUACCUUCACCUAUGGGCAGACAGACAUCUGUUGCUAUUCCGUCCUCAAUGACUAUCCAGACAUCAGGAGCUAUACCAUCACCAAAGGCCAUGCAGACGUCAACAGCUAUAUCGUCACCCAUGACCAGGCAGACAUCAACAGCUAUACCAUCACCUAUGGCCAGGCAGACAUCAACAGCUAUACCAUCACCUAUGGCCAUAACGACGUCAACAGCUAUACCUUCACCUAUAGCCAGACAGACAUCUGCUGCUAUUCCGUCACCAAUGUCAAUCCAGACAUCUACAGUUAUACCGUUACCUAUGGCAAGGGAGACAUUAAUAGCUUUACCGUCACCCACGGCAAGGCAGACAUCAACAGCUAUACCAUCACCUAUAGCUAGGGAGACAUCAGCAGCUAUACAGUCACCCACGACCAGACGGACAUCAACAGCUAUACCAUCACCUAUGACCUGGCAGACGUCAACAGCCAUACAAUCACCUAUGGCCAGGCAGACGUCAACAGCCAUACCAUCACCCAUGGUCAGGCAGACGUCAACAGCUAUACCGUCACCCAUGGCUAUGGAGACAUCAACAGCUAUACCGUCACCCACGACCAGGGGGACAUCAACAGCUAUACCAACACCUAUGACCUGGCAGACAUUAGCAGCUAUACCAUCACCCAUGGUCAGGCAGACGUCAACAGCUAUACCGUCACCCAUGGCUAUGGAGACAUCAACAGCUAUGCCGUCACCCACGACCAGGCAGACAUCGACUGCUAUACCAUUACCUAUGUCCAGGCAGAUAUCAGCAGUGAUAACUUCACCUAUGGCCAUGCAGACAUCAACAGCUAUACCGUCACCCAUGGCCAUGCAGACAUCAACAGCUAUACCAUCACCCAUGGCCAUGCAGACAUCAACAGCCAUACCAUCACCUAUGGCCAGGCAGACAUCAACAGCCAUACCAUCACCUAUGGCCAGGCAGAUAUCAGCUGUUCCCUCACCCAUGACAAUGCGAACAUCAGCGGCUAUACCGUUCUCAACGGCCAUACGAACAUCAACAGCUAUACCAUUACCCAUGGACUUGCAGUCAUCGCCAUUGAAUGUACGAAGGCUACAAGAGCAAGAUGGUAGCCAUAUUAUAGAUAUGAACUUUUUGGAAUCACAGCUGCAAGCCAAAGAAGAUUCACCAGCUUCCACAUCCCUCCUCUCAUCUGUUCAUUCGCCCACCACAUCCACUCCAUCGUCGGCAAUGGAUCCCUUUCUUGGCAAGAUCUACGGCAUCUUUGAACAUAUUACUACAGAUAAACUGCCAGAUCCAUCUGGUCGAAUAUCACCAGGUGUACCCCUGCCUCAACAAAGAUGGAGAUCUAUGGCGAAGAAAAUAUCUACAGCUAUAACGUCAGCCAUGUCUACCGUUACAACGUCGUUCAACACAACGGUGUCAUCACCUACAAUUAAGACGACAUCAAUUGCGGAGCAAACCUCUACUGCGGGAACAAUUUCCGAGUCCGAGGCAGCAGGUAUUCCUAGCAUCACCUCUGAUGUAGCAAUACAGCUUUUGUACAAAACAGGUAUGUACCGGGAAGGUGUGUCUGGGGUAGCAGACGUAUUUUCGGAAGAGCUCUUCAGUGAUAGCGAUCCUCCACUUGCAUUACACGAGCCACUUAAUACAAGGAAAGAUAGUGGCACCCCACUGGCAUCAGAUGAAAGGCUUGCUGGUACAAGCGCAGAAAGUGACACCCUAGUGCGAUCAGGUGAAUUACGUACUGGUACAAACAAAGAGAGAGAUGCCCCAGUGCCAUCAGAUGAGACAGUUACUGGUCCAGGCAGAGAUAGUGACACCCUUCUCACAUCAGAUAUAACACUAACUGAUACAAACAUAGAUAGUGACACCCAACUUGCAUCAGAUAAUACACUGAUUGGUACAAGCAGAGAUAGUGAGAUUACAGUGCUCUCAGGUGAAACACUGGCUGGUACAAGCAGAGAUAGUGAUUUCCUUCUGACAUCAGAUGGAACCUUUUCUUGUAUAAACAGAGAUAGCGACGCACCGGCGCCAUCAACUAAAAGACUAACUGGUACAAGCAGAGAUUGUGACACCACAGCGCCAACAGGUGAAUCACUUGCUGGUACAAGCAGAAAUAGGAACAUUCAACUGAUAUUAGAUGAUAAUAUGCCAUCAGGUGAAACAUUGAUUGGUACAAGCAGAGAUAGUGAGCCUAUAGUGCAAUCAGGUGACACACUGAUUGGUACAAGCAGAGAUAAUGAGUCUAUAGUGCCAUCAGGUGAUACUCUUACUCGUAUACCGUCCUCAGCGGCCAUACGGACAUCAACAGCUAUACCAUUACCCAUGGACUUGCAGUCAUCGCCAUUGAAUGUACGAAGGCUACAAGGGCAAGAUGGUAGCCAUAUUAUAGAUAUGAACUUUUUGGAAUCACAGCUGCAAGCCAAAGAAGAUUCACCAGCUUCCACAUCCCUCCUCUCAUCUGUUCAUUCGCCCACCACAUCCACUCCAUCGUCGGCAAUGGAUCCCUUUCUUGGCAAGAUCUACGGCAUCUUUGAACAUAUUUCUACAGAUUCACUGCCAGAUCCAUCUGGUCGAAUAUCACCAGGUGUACCCCUGCCUCAACAAAGAUGGAGAUCUAUGGCGAAGAAAAUAUCUACAGCUAUAACGUCAGCCAUGUCUACCGUUACAACGUCGUUCAACACAACGGUGUCAUCACCUACAAUUAAGACGACAUCAAUUGCGGAGCAAACCUCUACUGCGGGAACAAUUUCCGAGUCCGAGGCAGCAGGUAUUCCUAGCAUCACCUCUGAUGUAGCAAUACAGCUUUUGUACAAAACAGGUAUGUACCGGGAAGGUGUGUCUGGGGUAGCAGACGUAUUUUCGGAAGAGCUCUUCAGUGAUAGCGAUCCUCCACUUGCAUUACACGAGCCACUUAAUACAAGGAAAGAUAGUGGCACCCCACUGGCAUCAGAUGAAAGGCUUGCUGGUACAAGCGCAGAAAGUGACACCCUAAUGCGAUCAGGUGAAUCACGUACUGGUACAAACAAAGAGAGAGAUGCCCCAGUGCCAUCAGAUGAGACAGUUACUGGUCCAGGCAGAGAUAGUGACACCCUUCUCACAUCAGAUAUAACACUAACUGAUACAAACAUAGAUAGUGACACCCAACUUGCAUCAGAUAAUACACUGAUUGGUACAAGCAGAGAUAUUGAGAUUACAGUGCUCUCAGGUGAAACACUGGCUGGUACUAGCAGAGAUAGUGAUUUCCUUCUGACAUCAGAUGGAACAUUUUCUUGUAUAAACAGAGAUAGCGAAGCGCCGGCACCAUCAACUAAACGACUAACUGAUACAAGCAGAGAUUGUGACACCACAGCGCCAACAGGUGAAUCACUUGCUGGUACAAGCAGAGAUAGUGGCACCACAGUAACAUUAGAUGAAACAGUGGCUGGUAAAAGCAGAGAAAGUGGCACUACAGUAACAGUAGAUGAAACACUGGCUGGUACAAGCAGAGAUAGUGGCACCACAGUAACAUUAGAUGAAACACUGGCUGGUACAAGCAGAGAUAGUGGCACCACAGUGACAGUAGAUGAAACAGUGGCUGGUAAAAGCAGAGAAAGUGGCACCACAGUAACAUUAGAUAAAACACUGGCUGGUACAAGCAGAGAUAGUGGCACCACAGUGACAUUAGACAAAACACUGGCUGGUACAAGCAUAGAUAGUGACACCACAGUGACAUUAGAUAAAACACUGGCUGGUACAAGAAGAGAUAGUGACACCAUGGUGCCAUCAGGUGAAACACUGACCGGAACAAGCAGAGAGAGUUACACUCUUCUGACAUUAGUUGAAACACAUUUUCGUACAUGCAGAGAUAGUGGCGCCACAGAGCCAUCACAGGAAACACGUACUGGUACACUCGGAGAAAGCGUCUCUGAUGAACACAGUGACAUACCUAAAGUACCGUCUAGUACAACCAGUGAAGACGCGAGCUCAGGGCAUGCAAAUGAAGAUACAGAAUAAGUGGAUGUAUGUGUACAUGUUUGGAUUGAGGAAACAUUCCAAGGGUGGGGUAGUAGGGGAUAGUGACCCAAGUAUGGAGCAGUAGUGGAUAAGAAGAGACCCAAGGGUGGGGCAGUAGUGGAUAAAUAGAGACCCAAGGGUGGGGCAGUAGUGGAUAAGUAGUGACCCAAGUAUGGAGCAUUAGUAGUAGAGUAGGUCUCAUUAUUAGUAGUAAUAAGUAGAGACCCAAGAGUGGGGCAGUAGUGGAUAAGUAGAGACCCAAGGUGGGGCAGUAGUGGAUAAGUAGUGACCCAAGUAUGGAGCAUUAGUAGUAGAGUAGGUCUCAUUAUUAGUAGUAAUCAGUAGAGACCCAAGAGUGGUGCAGUAGUGGAUAAGUAGAGACCCAAGAGUGGGGCAGUAGUGGAUAAGUAGUGACCCAAGUAUGGAGCAUUAGUAGUAGAGUAGGUCUCAUUAUUAGUAGUAAUAAGUAGAGACCCAAGAGUGGGGCAGUAGUGGAUAAGCAGAGACCCAAGGGUUGGACAGUAGUGGAUAAGUAUUUGUGUUUUUCGCUGAAUAUUCUAAAAUUAAGUUCAUAUUACGUGUACUUAAUGGGUGUUUGUAAGGUUUCACUUAUUACCUUUUUAUUUCCAUAUGCUUUUCAGAUGGGCCUUUUGUAUUUUACCCUCUCUUCUUGUAGUGAGGUUCUCCAUCCAAACAUAUUUUAAAUUCCUUGACCAUAUAUAAAAAUAUGCAUCUACAAAUAUUGAAUCGAAAACAAAUUAAAGUGUUCUUUAAGAAGA